AUGUUGCAGUGGGUUGUGGAUGUAGAUUUUCAAAAUCCAAGUACGUAUCAAAAGGUUUAUGCACCUCCACUGGACGUCCGGAGAGAUCCUAUAGUGCAUGCUUUCGACAAGUUCGGGAUUGGCGAAGGCACUCAGAAUUUUGUGAGCCACGCGUUGUGUUUAUAUCCCGAUGAUUCCUACAAACGUAACGUUCCGGCGGAUGAUGCAAUUAAACGGAUGCAAUUGUACAACCAAUCCGUAGCUCGUUACGGCAAGUCUCCCUACGUCUAUCCACUUUAUGGUUUGGGAGAACUGCCUCAAGCUUUUGCUCGGUUGAGCGCGGUUUACGGGGGCACGUACAUGCUUAACAAACCCGUAGAAGAAAUAGUCAUGGAGGGCGGAAAAGUUGUUGGUGUAAAAGCCGAGGGUGAAGUUGCUCGAUGUGAUACAGUGAUCUGCGACCCAAGUUAUGUCAUGGAUCGUGUUCGAAAAGUGGGCCAGGUGAUUCGUGCAAUUUGUAUUUUGUCGCAUCCUGUCAGCGGAGCGAAGGAUGCCAACUCUCUUCAAAUCAUCAUUCCACAAAAUGAAGUGGGAAGGCGUCACGAUAUUUACGUCUCGUGUGUAUCCAGCCAACACAAAGUAUGCCCCGAGAAAUUCUACGUCGCUUUGGUCGCCACCACAGUAGAAACUCCUAUGCCACGACAGGAGCUAAAACCUGGCCUGGAUCUGUUGGCUCCAAUCGACGAAGUGAUGUACUCGCUAGACGAUUUGUACGAACCCACUGAUGAUGGCCGAGAGAGUCGGAUUUUCAUUUCGAAGAGCUAUGACGCAUCCACACACUUCGAAAGCACAUGUGAUGAUGUCCUCGAGCUGUACGAAAAAAUCACUGGGAAACCGUUCGAUUUCAGCAAAGUGACAAGACAUCUGGGUGAUGAAGACAUCUAA